UUCGCUUCACUCCCGGCGCCACGCAUCAGAUAGCGGGCGCGCUUGGAGCGAACGAACCAGCGCCUCUCCCUUCGACGCGACAUGGCGCUCCAGCCGCUGCUCCGGCUCCUCCUCCGCCCAGCCCCAACCCCACCUCCGCCUACGCGCCGGACUCCACACCUCCCAGCCCCUUUCUCCACCCGCCGCGGCACCGCCGCCGCGCUCCUCCUGCUCGCCGUCGCCGCGCCCCCUCCGCGGCCCGCCCGCGCCGAGCCCGACGGCGAGGACGACGUCGACGAGCCCCACGUCGUCCGCCUCUUCGAGGAGGCGACGCCGUCGGUGGUGUUCAUCAAGGACCUCCUAGUCGCCCCGCCGCCGCGGACGCGGGGACGUGACGGCGGGGGAGCGCAGCCGGUGGAUGACGAGGAGGGGGGCGCCACGGUGGAGGGGACCGGCUCUGGCUUCGUGUGGGACUCCCUGGGCCACAUUGUGACAAAUUACCAUGUGGUUGCAAAAUUAGCUGGGGAUGGAUCUGAGUCUCAUCGAUGCAAGGUGUUCUUGGAGGAUUCAACUGGCACCAGUUACUCAAAGGAAGGGAGGCUAAUAGGAUAUGAUCCAACAUAUGAUCUUGCUGUUCUGAAGGUUGAUGUUGAUGGUGAUAGGUUGAGGCCUGCUCUGCUUGGCACGUCACAGGGUUUACGAGUUGGGCAGAGCUGCUUUGCCAUUGGGAACCCUUUAGGAUAUGAACACACCUUAACUACUGGGGUGGUUAGUGGACUGGGGAGGGAGAUACCAUCUCCCAAUGGGAGGGUGAUUCGUGGGGCCAUACAGACAGAUGCUGCUAUAAAUGCCGGUAACUCAGGAGGCCCACUAAUUGACUCUUAUGGCCAUGUAAUUGGAGUUAAUACAGCUACGUUCACACGUAAAGGAUCUGGAAUUUCAUCUGGGGUGAACUUUGCCAUCCCUAUCGACACUGUUGUACGGUCGGUACCGAAUCUCAUAGUGUAUGGAACUGAUGUGAGCAACAGGUUUUAUUAAACAUUUAAUUAGCUCCGAUGUAUAUUCUCUGUUCAAUCAAUGCAAGUUGUCUCUUUGCUACA